CCAUGUCCGAUGCGGAUAUUUUACUCUUGACGUUAGAAGUAGAGGCCGCUGCCGCGCGUAACGCUAAUUUGUCCUUGGCACUUGAGAGAUUGCAAUCGCAGCUUGAAUGUAGUGGUAGAAAUAUCAGUGAUAGUCAUAGAAUUGAUAGUGAUUUAUCCCGUUUGGACAGUCAUGUCGUCCUGCCUCUACGCCCUGCCGCAACUUCAUGUGCCAGCACGCAAACCUCAAGAUUUUAUACUGAGGGCGAGGAAGCUGACAGAAGAAGAGUCUUAGCAAGACUAAAUGAUGCACUUCAGGAUAUUGUGGAAUGUAUAGCCUUGGUGCGACCUUCAAAUAGAGUCAGCGAGCCUGAACGGCAAUCAGGAUCUGAGUAUUAUGCGAUUGAAAAGCUUGCUAAUACGAUUGCAUCUCACAUCACGAAUCUUAAGGAGGCAUGCAAAGCACGAAUCACAGGCCUUGAGGGGCAGAACAUGGAAUUGAAAAAAGUUGUUGACAUCCAGCGGAAUCAGAUAAAGAAUGAUGCUUUGGUGCAUAAAGAGAAGCUUAGAUCUCUUGAAGAGAAGAUUGUUGCCCUUCAGACUCAACAUGAUUUACUUCAGGAUCAACAGACUCACUCUUUCCAGCAAGGCAACUCGAACACGCUCAGUGAGAAUGAGCGGCUAAAAUUACACAACGAGGCCCUUACUAGCGCAUUGGAAAAGCUGCAGCAUGAAAUGACCUACGUUCUUCCAAAAGGUGUCAAUCUAAAUCCGCAAAGUUUUUGAUAACUUUAGAAUUAGUUCAAUCAAGGAAUCUGACUGAGCUUGUCUGAGGUACUUUGACGA